AUGGUGUCCGAGGCCUCCCCUGCCUCGCCUCGCGUCUCCCCGUUGCUGUCCGACCUCGCCGGCCGGCCAUCGAAGCCGCCGCCCCGGCCACUAUGCGCGACCUCCUGCCUCGUCCUCGUCUGCGAGGGAGACGAGCGACCGAAGCCGCGCGCCCAGUUCCCCUGCAUCGCGCGAGUCGUUGAGGUCCCCUGUGUCCAGCUGUCGCUCACCUUCAAGCCGCCGCCGCGUCAAGUCCCCUGCGUUCCCGGCCUCCUCCCCGCCAAGUUCGUCGCCGCCGCUCCCCAAGCUCCUCCAGGCCGCCGCGCAAGUCCGGUCGCCUCCUCCUCUGCUUCUGCUUCGAGCAGGUGGUCGACACACCGCAUCGAGCGCGCCCGCACGCCCGCGUUGACCUCUCCCCUCGCCAAGCCGCCCGAGCACCUCCUCCAGUUCGUCGCCUCGGUCGCCGCCUUGCCAAGCUCCGCUCGCUGCCGACCAUCGCCAGGAGACGCCGGCACCAAGUUCCCCUGUCUGCUUCCUCUGCAUCGAACGAGGCCAGCGCCAAGUCCUGCUCCUUCCCCUGCGUCGACCGCGUUGACCGCCCGCGCAAGGCCAGCCGAGCAAGCGUCGGCCUGGAAGCCACCCCACCGACUGAGCCGUGAGCCCACGAGGUGA